CUCAGUACUUGUGGAACCUGUCUGUCUGCUUUGUGUAUGUGUGUGUGUGUGUGAGAGAGAGAGAGAGAAAGAACAGCCUGGGGUGUUGGGGAAACGCAGAGGGAAAAGACAGAAGGACGGGAGAACUUUUACACACCUUAUGUGGACUUGAUAUGGACUGAAAUGGAGUGUGUGUGUGUGUGUGUGUGUGUGAAAACAUGAAUCUGUGAGGAGGUCCAAGGCGAUUGUUGUGUGUGUGUGUUGAGAGAGAGAGAGAAGUAGAGGAGAGAAGUUGUCUCAUGGAGAGGCUCUUCUCUGGCUAUGGGGGGAUGUCAGAGUUUUAUUGGCUCUGGGGACGAGGCCUCACACACUCUGACUGCGGAGAACCAUGGAGACAUCAACACACUGAAACUACUCAGGAAGAACAAUAACAUUCAAAAGGCUCCAUUGCUGCAUGAGAAACCAUACCUGCAGGAUCACUUCCUAAGAGACCACAUUACAGACAUCGACCUGUUCACACUGUCUGCUCUCCCACACGGCCUGGAUCAGCACGAGUGGAUGGCCUUCAAUGCUGUCUCAUUCUUUAAGAAUAUUAAUCUCAUCUCGAGCGCUCUGUCUGAAUUUUGCACCUCGACCAGCUGCCCAACAGCUAAAGGGCCAGGAAACAAGGUGUAUGAAUGGACGGAUGAACAUGGGAAGAAGUUGAAGUGUUCAGCUCCUCUCUACACAGAUUACGCCAUGUCCUACAUCCAGGAACUGCUCACAGAUGAGAAUGUCUUUCCCACCAGGGCAGGUGUAAAAUUCCCAAACGGAUUCAUGUUCCUGGUCCAGAAGGUGUUCCUGUUGCUGUUCCGGACUCUGUCCCACCUGUACAGCUCUCACUACAGAGACGCCGUGGCUGUGGAGAUCCACCCGCACCUCAACACACUCCUCACACACUUCAUCACCUUCAGCCACACCUUCAGACUGCUGGAGGCUUCAGAGACGGAGCCAUUUGAUGACCUCAUCAGUGUUCUCAUACACUAAAUCACACAGAGAGAGAGAGAGAGAGAGAGAGAGAUGCUGUUGACUGAAUCAGAACAAGUGUGCAUUAAAUAGACUUUAACACACACUGAGGAUCACUAGAGAAGUGAGGAAGGAAAAAACAGGAGUGUGUGUGUGUGUGUGUGUGUGUGUGUGUGUGUGUAAGGUGCAGAUCAGGCUUCUUUCUUUACUCUAUAGGAACAUGGCAAAUAUUAAAGGACUGCAAGCAAGCAAGCACACACACACACACACGGACUAUAAAUCUGCUUGCAUAUGAUAUCUAGUCUGACUGGUUUAAAACGGCAUAUGAUCCUUUACAAUAUAUAAGAUGUUUAUACAGUAUAAUCCCUGCGCUUGUUCUUUUCUCUUUUGAUGUAAUUUGUGCCAAAAAAAUUCUCUUAUUUUUUUUAGAAUUUAAUUUAAUUUGGAUCCAAUGAUUUAGAAAGUAUGUAAAUAUUCGCAAAAUCUUUUUUUCUUUUCUUUUUUAAAAUAAUUUCAUCCACUCACACAAAUGUAAAUAAGGAAUAUUCCAAGCCACAGGAAAAUCAUUUUUAGUGAUUUGCUGUAAAAGGCCUCAGUUGAUGCUGAUGAUGACAGAAAUGAGAAUUCUCUUCAAUCAGUUUUCAGAUGUUUGUUCGCGUGAUGUCUGUAAGAUGUUUUGUCUUAAACUGAAGACAGAAUGAUGUUUAUGAUGUUUAUUUAACUGUUUGUUUGUGUUAGUUUUUGCUCCUUUUUUGGAAGAAGCUCCGCCCACUUAAGUCCUUAAUGAUGUAGUAAUAAACCUGUCUCUUACGAGUUUAGAAAUCACCAUGAAGCCCCUCAGUACAGGCCUUACUGUGGAAUUUUAACCUUUAUAAGCAACAUGAAUGUUUGGAGUUCUUAUUAUUGUGCACAUUAAAAAAAAAAUUCUGUAAAAUCUCCAUGUUCUGGAGAAAAGCUUGACCUGUGAGCAGGUUGUUUCUGCUUCAGAAGUUUUUACUGACUUUAAAAAAUAUUUCUUAUUCUUUUUAAUUUCAGACUGAACAUAAUUAUCUAUCAGAGAGAUUUAUCAAAUGUCUAACUUCCCAGAAUAAAAUAAAAUUUUUAAUAAUAUAGAAA